AUGGCGCUCUCGUCCCCUGAGCGCCAUGCAGAGCGAUCCCCGGAGUCACCUCCGGAAGAGCACCUUGCUCACAUCUCAGAAGUGCUGCGUCAGAGCGACCUAGAAGUGUCAAGCUCUGGCACAUCGCGGCCCGAGCAGGAAGAAUGGACGGCAGCCUUUCGCCAGGCAGUCGGCUAUGUGUCCGGGGACGCCUCCUGGAGUGGAGGGGAGGCUUGGCCUCAAUCCCUGGCCGCCAAUGUUCUCGAUGCGAUCUCUAACUACGUGCCGGAUGGCUGGGUUCAGGAUGAUGCGGGCGACUCUUCCGAAUCGCGCGGGAGUGGGAAUGGCUCGAAGAGCGACGAGAGUGCUCCGUCCGACGGGAAGGGAACGAACUCCCAACUAAGAGCCGUUCGCCAGCGUUUCGACAGCAUGGCCAGCACCUCCUUGUCCGACACAGAGACGAAGGAGGACGGAGAUGAAACAUCGGCACCUUUCAACAGCCCUCGAGGUCUGGAGGCCGCGCUGAAGGAGUUGACCCACUACAAGUUUGAGUCCGAAGGCAGGGACCGAAAGACGCAGCUGCAGGUUCCGGACCUGCCAUCGGCACCCAAGGAGCUGCAACCUCCCCUGCCUUUGAAAGAGCCUGUUCUGCCGGAGGACGAGCCAGACAGGGAGGUCCAGGAGGCGAAGUGGUGGUGGCACUUUGCAGAUCUGACUCCAGCAUGCUUGAACUGCUCUGGUCCGAAUGGGCUGGAACCGGAGAUAUGCAAAGAGACCGAGGAGUGCAUCCACGAGAAGGCAUGCUGCUGCAAGCCAGUUUGCUGGCGAACACGGCCCGAUGGGGAGGUGCCACCAUAG